GAUCGGCCGAUCGCUACUUUAUAGAGAGAGGAAGGGGAAGUUAGGAGAGAGAAUGUUCAAAUUCUUGAAAGAUGUCGUCGCCGGAUCUGUUGCCGGCGUCAAAGAUCUGCCUUACACCAUCGGGGAACCUUAUUCUUCCGCUUGGGGCUCUUGGACUCACUCUCGCGGCACCUCUAAGGUGGAUGGAUCACCUGUAUCAAUAUUUUCACUUUCAGGAAGUAAUGACAAUGAUGGACGUUUAGCUGCCGGUCGCAAUGGUAUCAAACGGCUUCGAACAGUCAGGCAUCCAAACAUUUUAUCGUUUCUUCAUAGUACGGAGGCUGAAAUAAUGGAUGGAUCAUCUACGAAGGUCACUAUAUAUAUUGUCACCGAACCUGUUAUGCCACUGGCGGAAAAAAUCCAGGAAUUAGGAUUACAAGGUACACAAAGGGACGAAUAUUAUGCCUGGGGCCUGCACCGAAUAGCAAAAGCUGUGAGCUUCCUCAAUAACGAUUGCAAACUUGUACAUGGUAAUGUUUGUUUGGAAAGUGUGGUUGUUACUCAAACUUUGGACUGGAAGCUGCAUGCUUUUGAUGUUCUUUCUGAGUUUGAUGGGAAUAAUGAAGCAGCUUCUGGACCAAUGCUGCAAUAUGAUUGGCUUGUUGGCACACAAUACAAGCCAGUGGAGUUGGCAAAAUCAGACUGGACAGCAAUCAGAAAAUCUCCACCAUGGGCCAUUGAUUCUUGGGGUUUAGGCUGUCUCAUCUAUGAGAUGUUUUCGGGUUUGAAAUUGAGCAAGACCGAGGAGCUGCGCAAUACAGCAUCGUUGCCAAAGUCUCUACUUCCAGAUUAUCAGCGCCUCUUGAGUUCUACGCCUUCACGUAGGUUGAACUCAUCGAAGCUUGUGGAGAACUGUGAAUAUUUUCAGAACAAGUUGGUGGAUACUAUUCAUUUUAUGGAAAUACUUAAUUUAAAGGACAGUGUUGAGAAGGAUUCAUUUUUUCGUAAGCUUCCAACUCUAGCAGAGCAGUUGCCUCGUGAAAUUGUGCUGAAGAAGUUGCUUCCUUUGCUUGCUUCUGCCUUGGAAUUUGGUUCAGCUGCUGCACCUGCUUUGACCCCGUUCUUAAAAAUUGGUGCUUGGCUUUCAGCAGAAGAGUUCAACAUAAAGGUCCUACCAACGUUAGUGAAACUUUUUGCCUCCAAUGACCGAGCUAUUAGAGUUGGUCUCUUGCAGCAUAUUAAUCAAUAUGGGGAGUCAUUUACUUCUCAAGUUGUUGAUGAGCAAGUUUACCCUCAUAUUGCCACUGGAUUUUCAGACACAUCUGCCUUUCUGCGUGAAUUGACUCUUAAGUCCAUGCUUGUUCUUGCUCCAAAGUUAUCUCAGCGGAAUAUAUCUGGGUCACUCUUGAAAUAUCUUUCAAAGCUCCAGGUGGAUGAAGAACCAGCAAUCAGAACAAAUACCACCAUUUUACUUGGGAAUUUGGCCAGUCACCUUAAUGAAGGGACACGUAAGAGAGUGUUGAUUAAUGCCUUCACCGUUCGUGCUUUGCGGGAUACAUUUCCUCCUGCCAGAGGAGCAGGUAUAAUGGCUCUAUGUGCGACUAGUUCUUAUUAUGAUGCCCAGGAGAUUGCGGCUCGUAUUUUGCCAAACGUUGUUGUGCUUAUUAUAGAUCCUGACAGGUUAUGA